AUUUGGUAAUAUCUUUAACAGGAUUUGGUAAUAUCCGUAGAUUCAAGUGGAAAACAUGUUACAUGGUUUUUUGGCGAUCAAAAUAAGAAACACGAAAUCUUUCCAAAAAAACAGAUAUGGCCAAUUUUUUUCACUGUAAGUUAUAUUUUCCCCAUAAUAUUAAACCCUAGUGCACUGAUCUAAAUCAAAUUAAAACUCCCCCAAAGGAAAAUAUCGGCAGAAGAUGGAUCUUCCGGAGGAGAUGCUCGCUCGAAUCCUUGCGAAUUCAUCCUUCAGAGACAUCGUUAGGUUCAAACUGGUUUGCAGAGAAUGGAAAUCGCUCAUUGAAUCGGCCCACUUUCGUCGUCUCUUCCAUUCCACAAACCAUGAUUUAUCGUCAUCUGCUUGGUCGCUAGUUUUCAAUGGCGAUGGCUCCAUGAACGAGGUCGUAUCCCACUGCGGACGCGACGGACACUGCCUUUCUCGGUCUCUGGGUUCUUAUACUUCUUCCUUUCUGAAGGAUCUGAUCAGAUUCAAGAAUCAGGAGGGCGAUGAGAAGCUUGAGCUUCAAGCAACAAGACGAAAGAUCAAACAAACUAGGGUUGUGGCUUGCACGGACGGCUUGGUCUUGUUGGUUGUGAAGCCCUUGUCUGGAUCCGACACGUAUUACGUGUCUAACCCUGUUCUACGACAAUGGGUCGAGAUCCCUCCUCCACAAUCAGAGUCUAUAGAAGACGAAGAUGACUAUUUCAAGAUCCUGGGACUCGUCACGCAUGUGGAGAACGGGGCAGUCUCGGGUUACAAAGUGGUUAGGAUGGCAAAAUUCUUCGCAGGACCGACGAGUCUUGAUUUUCAGAUAUACUCAUCAGAGACGGGCGAAUGGACUAUCAAGGAAAUCCAUUGCCCUCGUGCCAUUAGGAUCAUGUUGAACGUCGACCCGAUUAAUCUCAACGGAAGUCUGCAUUGGUUAGAAGUGGGUGUCCUCACUACUGAUUUCAUCCCUCAGAACUUCAUCCCUUUCGAUCCUGCCAUUCUAACUCACGAUUUCUACGCCAAUGGAUCAGAAGCUGAUCAGUUUCGUAUCAUAUCUUUACCCGAUAAUCAACAAAUCUUCCCAUGCAACGAAAACUUCUUCACAACCUCGGGUGGAUUUCUCAUGUAUAUAAACACGAACAAAAACAGAAACCCUAAAGUUAGGGUUUGGAAGCUGAAGAACAAUGGGAGUGAUUCAGGGAAUGAUUGGGAGAUGCUGUGGGAUAUGAACCUGUCAUCUAUAGGAUUCGGUCGCUGGUGGAUUCCUAAGGCAAUGCACCCUUUCGAGACGGAUGUUAUCUACGUGUGGAACCCUCAUAUGGAGCUUUUGGUGUCAUUUAACAUGAGGACACAAGAUAUUACGAGUCAACAUGCAUCAAACGCACCUUUGAUAUUUAAGUUAUUGACGCCCUUCGUACUUCCUCGGUGGCUCGAAUCCAUUCCUUGUCCGGCCAACCUGACUUUCAAUGUAUUGCCACAUGAACUGGCAUGAUCUUAUUAGUUGUUUUCUUCGUUAUCUUAUAGAAUAAUCAGCAGUUAACAAUGCUUUUCGGGUUUUCGUCUCUAAAUUAUAUCUUGUGUUAUUCAUUCAUAUCUGUGGUCACAUGAUAACAUAAGGCUCUCGUGGACCAUGAAAUCAAAUUCUAUGAUUGCCAAGGUCAAUGAAAUUAUACUUUUGCAUUUUAUCUCUCUUUUCAUGUUUCACCAAAAUUUCGAGAAUUUAACACACAAUUCAGGGGAUUCUAAGGGCUAUUAUGUUCUUUGAAUCUAAGUUGAAAACGCACAAGAACUCAAAUGAUGAAAGGCUGAGGAUGGUGAAAGCCAUCAUACCUUGUCAUAGGUUUUCUCCUAGUGAUUUAUCUGGUUGUUGUUUCACCCGGCAGGCAUUAGCUCCCCCAUAUAUGAGUCGGAUUAGUGAAACCAGAUGUGCCUGUAUUC